AUGAGCGACGAUCCAGGCCCCACCCUCGCAGUGCGCACACUCAAGGAGCGGCGCGACCAGCUAUCCUCCCACAGCGUCCAGGUCGACGGGCUGUUGGAUGAACUCGCAGACGACGUCGGCACCCUCGCUGCCCAGGAGGCGUGGGAGCCCGCAGUGGAGGCAGGCAUGGCCGACUGGGCUAGUGAUCGCGCAACAGUGUUUCGUGCUUUGCGACGCGCACACUUCGACGAGGCCAAAGCCCACGCCGCCCUCCUAGCAUGCUGCGCCGCGCGGAUCGAGCGCGGGCUCUCCGGCGCGAUCCCCUCGCCCCCCGUCCCAGGGCUAUUCGCCGUCCUCCCCCUCUCCCAAACUGACCGGCUCGGCCAUCCGGUCGCGGUCCUAACCCUCCGCGAAGUUGUACGCGACGAGGCAGGCUCCCUCACAGAACUAAAGGACUGGCUCUGGUUCGCACUCGAGAUGGUCCGCCGCGUCCUCGCGGAUUAUUGGGUCGCCCAUAAACGCGGGACGGGCGCAGAAGGUGCUGUACUGCUCGUCGACGCCAAGGAUGCCGGGUACCGCAACCUCGAAGUUGAGCUCCUCCCCACUCUCUUCUCUGUUGGGCACAACUCGUUCCCAGGUCUGUUUGAGAGCGUCUACAUCGUCAACGCCGGCUGGAGCCACAGAACCAUGUGGAACUCGAUCAUCAAGCGCCUCCUCCCCAAGUCGGCCAUCGACAAGGUCGUCUUCCUUGACGACAAGCAGCAGAUUGCCCAGGUGUUCAACCUCGACCAGCUGCCAGAGGCGUACGGUGGCUGUGGGCUCGAGCCCGACCCGGAAAUCAUGCUGCGCCGCUACUCGAUCGCCCGGCCACAUGCUUACUCGCGUCCGGGGUCGCGGGCGACCUCGCGCGGACCAUCACGCGGUCCAUCCCGCGUCGUGUCGCGCACAGGCUCGCGGGUUGGCAGCCGCGCACACAGCCGUGAACCUACCGCACAUAGCCGUGAACCUACCCGCCGUGGGGUACCGAGCAGGACAACCUCCACAGCCAGCAUCGCCGACGUGUAUUACACCGCUCCACCGUCGCCUGUUCGGUCGCGCUCGACCUCCCGGCGCAACUCGACUCACGCACUUGUGGGCUUGAGCGCCAAGCUCGCCAUGACGAAACAGGGCCAGGACUUGGAGAUCCUGGGCGAGAAGCAGAAGCCAACUGUCGAUCCAUCUAUCCAUCGCAUUAAAUCACUCUCCGACUUUCAUCUCUACCUCUCUCCGUCGCGUCUCGCACACCGCGACCUCCUCUCUGACUCGGAAGACGACGAGCCAGUCCCUCCAAAGCCGAUAGUACAAGGCCGCCGCACUCUCCGACCAGCCAUGCUCGAGCUUGGGGCGGGCACCAUCGCCGCGCGACGUGCGUCACGCGCAGUGACCCCAGCGAUUGCGCGCGCCUCCACACCCGCCGAGUACGCCUCGAUGCUGCAGGAUCACCACGCUCGCGGCCUGGAGCAGUACUACAGCCCGGAGCAGCACGAGGUGAUCGAGGCCAUGUCCUCGCCAGACCACAGUGACAGUCCCGAGUCUCCGCCGCCACUCGCAAUCGAACCCUCCUCGCCAGAACCAGGCGAGCCUGAGUCGCAGAUCCUGGCGCCUAUUGCAGUCCGCCCGGGCCCUGCUGAAGCCGAAGCGCCGGACGUCCAGUUCUCCUCAUCCAACCCGUGGUUUGGCUACCCCGUCGUGCGUGUCCCCCAUGCCAGCGGGGAGGGCUACGCGAUACGCCCGCGUUACGGCCGCAACCGGAAGCGCGACCUCGUUAAGACGCUCCUCUGGCUUUUCGUUUUACGGCUGCAGUCAUGGAGAAGUGCGGUGGAGCGCGCUCUCGGUCUUCCCCGCCUUGCAGCGCUGUUGGCACCAAGCAAGCCGGAGGAACACGCGACGCCCGACCAGGGUCUGCGCGCCGUUGCGCGCACUCGGUCCUACACGCCCAAGGGCAUGGUUGUCAAGCGCGAGCGCGACUGGAUCUGGAUGGUCAUUGGGUUCCUGCUGCUCCGGGGGACGUGGGCGCGUCUCCUCGGGCCGAUGGAGAGCCUGGGCCUCGGCGCCGUGCGCGACAUGCUCGGGGGACUGGUCUAG